AUGUCUCAUCAGACGGGAAUAACUGAGUUUUCUUUUCUUCUCAUUUUCUUUUCUCUCUCUCUUUUCUUUUUUCUCUCUCUCUUUUUUUUUUCUCUCAUUCUCUCUCUUUUUUCUUCUCUUUUCUUUUUUCCUUUUUUCUUCUCUUCUUUUCUUUUUUUUCUCUUCUCUCUCUCUCCUUUUUUUUCUAGAUUUUCUUCCUCCUUUUCUUUCUCUCUCUUCCUCUUUUUCUUCUCUCUCUUUAUCCUUUUUCUUCUCAAAUCUUCUCCUUUUUGCAAUUCUCUCUCUUCUCUUUUUCUUUCUCUCUCUCUUCCUCCUUUUAUUCUCUCUCUCUCUCCUCCUUUUUCUCUCUUUUUUUCUCUCUCUCUCUCUUCCUUUUCUUUUUCUCUCUCUCUUCCUCCUUUUUCUCUCUCUCAAAAUUUUUCUUUCUCUCUCUCUUCUUCCUUUUUCUCUCUUCUCUUCUCCUUUUCUUCUCUUAUUUUAGAUUUUUCUUCUCUCUCUCUUCCUCCUUUUUCUUCUCUCUCUCUCUUCCUCUUUUUUUCUCUCUCUCUUCCUCCUUUUUCUUCUCUCUCUCUCUUUAUUUUCUCUCUCUCUCUUCCUCGACUUUUUUUCUCUCUCUCUCUUCCUCCUUUUCCUUUUCUCUCUCUCUUUUCUUCUCUCUCCUCCUCCUUUUCUUCUCUCUCUUUUUCCUAUUUUUCUUUUCUUCUCAAUCUUUUUUUCUCUUCUUUCCUUUUCUUCUCUCUCUUCCUCCUUUUUCUUCUCUCUCUUUCCUUUUCUUCUUCUCUCUUUCCUCCCUUUCUCCCUUUCUUUUCAUUCAGUCCUUUUUAUAUUCUUUUAAUUAUCUUUUUUUUUCUUUCAUAG